CAUGCGCUCCCAGCAGGAGCGCCGGGCUCUCGACUUGUCGCUCAGAUUCACAAGCGCAUGAACACCGCGGAGCCGCGCGCGCUGUGUCCAUCUCCUCUCAGACUUGGAAAUAAUCCUCUUAUCAUUGAACGCUGGCACCAUGGACGCCACCAUCUAUCAAAUCAUUCUUGGAGAGCUCGGGGACCUAAACUGUACUUUGAUAGAUGCGCUUCAGGACACUUUUUUGGAAAACGCUUCAUUAUCUUUGGUGAGCGCUGAUGGUGUAUAUUGUAAUGCCACGACUGAUGAGAUUGGAACCUGCUGGCCACGGAGCAGCACAGGGAGCAUUGUGGAGAUACCCUGUCCUGAGUACAUCAACGGGGUGAAGUACAACACAACCAGGAGUGCUUAUAGGGAAUGCUUGGAAAAUGGCAUGUGGGCGUUGAAGAGCAAUUACUCCAAUUGUGAACCUAUUUUGGAGGAGAAGAGGAAAUAUCCCGGGCAUUAUAAAAUAGCGCUGAUCAUCAACUACCUAGGCCACUGUGUCUCUGUUGGAGCGCUGGUUGUGGCCUUCAUUCUCUUCCUGUGCUUAAGGAGCAUACGGUGUCUUCGAAACAUCAUCCACUGGAACUUGAUCACCACCUUCAUACUGAGGAACGUCAUGUGGUUUUUGCUUCAGUUGAUUGACCACAACAUUCACGAGAGCAACGAGCCUUGGUGUCGAUUAAUUACCACAAUAUACAAUUACUUUGUGGUGACAAACUUUUUUUGGAUGUUUGUCGAAGGGUGUUACCUUCACACGGCCAUUGUUAUGACUUAUUCCACCGAUAAACUCAGAAAGUGGGUCUUCCUUUUCAUCGGGUGGUGUAUCCCCUUCCCUAUUAUAGUAGCCUGGGCCAUUGGAAAGCUGUAUUAUGAAAAUGAACAAUGUUGGUUUGGCAAAGAGCCUGGGAAAUAUAUGGAUUAUAUUUAUCAGGGACCAGUUAUUCUUGUACUCCUGAUAAACUUUGUUUUCCUCUUCAACAUAGUAAGAAUUCUUAUGACAAAACUCAGAGCUUCGACUACUUCUGAAACGAUACAGUACAGAAAGGCGGUGAAAGCAACGCUGGUCUUGCUUCCUCUGCUGGGCAUCACCUACAUGCUGUUUUUUGUGAAUCCGGGGGAGGACGACAUCUCGCAAAUCAUUUUCAUCUAUUUCAACUCCUUUUUACAGUCUUUUCAGGGGUUCUUCGUGUCAGUGUUUUAUUGCUUUCUAAACGGAGAGGUACGUUCAGCUGUAAGGAAACGGUGGCACCGCUGGCAAGACAACCACGCGCUGAGAGUGCGAGUUGCACGAGCAAUGUCCAUCCCCACAUCUCCAACCAGGAUCAGCUUCCACAGCAUCAAACAGACCACAGCCGUGUGACGGGGGAAGUGCACGUAUACAUGCGGACGGGAUUUAGAGAAGAGACUGAUUUCACUGAAAUGGCCGUAGUUCCAGGAUAUGAACCUAAAUUAUAACUUUAACUUCACACGAAGUAAGAUGAAGCGAUCAUAUAGCUUCCCCUGAGUUUUGAUUUGAUUUUUCUAGAGAUUCCCGUAAAGAUGACAAAUAGUGGAGACCAAACUGCGGUAAAAGCGACAAAUCAUCAACAAGUCAUAUAAUCUGAUUUUACAGUUUUUAUAUUGUCACUUUACUGCCUGGUGGGUGUUAGUGGAACAAGUUGAUCUCUACAGGUUUUGCAAGAGACUAUAUGCUAUUAUAUGCAGUCAUGAACACAUCUAUUAGUGUUUAGUACAAUAAACAUUAAAAUUCCAGUGAGAGCAACAGUGUGAAAAGAAGCUUUGAUGAGGGGAAAAUGGUUUGCCUGUGUUAUAGUGUGUAAAACAACAAUCCAUACAGAUCAAAAGGCAUAAAAGAGUUAUUGCUCUCUGCAGUAUUCACCAAAACACAAUCCAAACAGGUGCAUCAUUUAAUUAAUAUGCACUGAAUAUUUUGUACAAAAUAUGUCAUUCUAAUGGAUCCUUUAUAUAUUAUAUCAGAGGAGUCUUGUUGAUUAUUUAAUUUGAAAGGUAUUGUAUUUUUCCUACUUCUUUGUUCGAUUUUGUCCCCAAGAGACGGUAAACAUGCUCAACAAAAAAGUUAUUCAGUUAUUUAUCACUUCCCUGAGGUUGAAAGCUGAAAACACUUCAAAAAAAUUGAAGUUCUUGCCCAAAUGAGUAGAGAUUUAUUUUAUAGUAUACGUAUGUGAUAUACAGUAUGCCAUGCGUGGCGUUGUCAUCUAAGAGUCUUGCAGCAUUCUUAAGUAAUCAGUGUCAUAACUAAGCUGCUUGAUGCAGAAAACACCAAUCACUCACCAGGUCAACAUGCCAACUCAUACAUCUGCCCAGGCUGCUCAUACACUAAUACGGUGAAUUAACUUCCUUGUCCAAUGACAAACAAAAAGACUUUUGAUUUCUACAAAAGAAAAUAAAGAGAA